GUCAUGGCGGCCUCCUCGUGUGUCACGCGUGCAUGUCAACAGCAGUAAUAACCCAUUAUUUUAAGAUCAAGAAACCACUUGGCACCACGUAGUGAAAAUGAAGUCCAAGAAGAUGAAGCCACAAGGCAGGCGCAUAAACCCAGCAAAACGGAGCAUCCAUGUGAAGGGAAAGUGGAAAUCUAUCGAACUGGACCCAAGUCUCUUUUCCGAGGAGGGAAUGGAGGGGCUGGUAUGCUUCGAAGAACUGACAAAUUAUCGUUUGGUCGACUCCGAGAAGGCAGCAGCCAGGGCGGCCAAAGAACUGGAGAAGGAAAAGAAGAAGCAGGGCCAGAAGAGAAAGGCCAGCGCUGUGGAGGACACUGAAGAUGGAGAGGCUACAGAGGCAUCCGGAGAGACCGCUGGCACAUCCAAGAAAAAAGCCAAAAAGAAGAAAAACAAAAUUAAGAAAAGCAAGGACGAGUCUACAGAAAUUGUUGCUCAAAUAGAAGAGAGAGAUGAGGAAAAAUCAGAACCUACAGAAAUAUCUGUGGAGGGUUCUCAACAGGAUUCUGAAGCAAAGCCAACUAAGAAGAACAAAAAGAAGAAGUUGAAGAAAACUAAGCCAGAAUCUCCUAUUGAACUGACAACAGAGGAACUACCAGAGCAGGAGUCAACUUCAGAAGACCAGCCUGUAGAAGUAGACCAAGCUCCUAAAAGCAAGCCCACAAAACCUCCCAAAAUGCAGAUAAAGAAUUGGACCAGUGCCGCCUUAUCUGGUUCUGAGGACACCAGCUCAGACAUGAGUGCAUGGAAGGAUCUCUAUGUACCUGCUCCUGUGCUAAAAGCCCUGGGCAGUUUGGGCUUCAGUUCACCCACACCCAUCCAAGCCCUGGCAUUGCCCUCAGCUAUAAGAGACCGCAUGGAUAUACUGGGAGCUGCAGAGACAGGUAGUGGCAAGACCCUGGCCUUUGCUAUCCCCAUGAUCCAUACCAUCCUGGAGUGGAGGGAAAACCAUGAUAGUUCAAACAUUAAGGGUGAUGCUAAGAAGGUAGAGAGUUUAUAUUUACCAGAUGAGCCCGGAGAUGCUGAUCAACAAGCAGACGAACAGGAGGAGGAGGGGGGGGAGGAUGAGGAGGAGGAGGAAUGUGCAGAUGUGGAUGACAGCUAUGCAGAGGAAGACAAUGGUGUUUUGAAUGAUGGCAAUAGUGAUGAUGAUGGAGCAGAUGAUAUCAAGCUGGGAUGUGUUCAAGUGGGUGUAAAGGCACCGUUUGACCCUGCUCCCCAAAAGGAAAACCAGGAUGAUGAAAGUCAAGAUCAGCCUCUGCUUGGCCUAGUCCUCACUCCCACCAGAGAGCUAGCGGUCCAAGUCAAACACCAUAUAGAUGCGGUGGCCAAGUUUACAAAUGUCAGUACAGCCAUAAUAGUGGGCGGGAUGUCUCAGCACAAGCAGAAGAGGCUGCUGAAGCGCAGGCCAGAGAUCGUCAUAGGUACUCCAGGGCGCCUGUGGGACUUAAUAAAGGAGAGGGAGCCACACCUGCAAAACCUCAGACAGCUCCGGUGUCUGGUGAUUGAUGAAGCUGACCGCAUGGUAGAGAGGGGGCACUUUGCUGAGCUGGAGAGCCUUCUGGAGAUGCUGCACACAACACACUUCAACCCCAAAAGACAAAUGUUCAUCUUCUCAGCCACACUCACACUGUCUUACACUCUGCCCACACGCGUUUUGCAGAAGAAAAAGAGGCUGGAUCAGCGCAGUAAACUGGAAAUCCUCAUGGAAAAAGUGGGCAUUAAAACCAAACCCAAAGUCAUUGAUCUGACCAGAAAAGAGGCCACUGUGGAGACGCUAACCGAGACACAGAUCCACUGUCAGAAAGAGGACAAGGACUACUACCUCUAUUACUUUCUUCUGCAGCACCCAGGCCGUACCAUGGUGUUUGCAAACAGUAUAGACUGCAUCAAAAGGCUUAAAUCCAUUCUAACUAUCUUGGACUGCAUGUCAUUCUCCCUGCAUGCUAACAUGCAGCAGAAACAACGUCUGAAAAACCUGGAGAGAUUUGCUGACAGGGAGAGCUGUGUCCUCCUGACUACUGAUGUGGCAGCAAGAGGGCUAGACAUUCCCAAUGUGCAGCAUGUUAUUCACUACCAGGUUCCCAGGACAUCUGAAACCUAUGUCCAUCGCAGUGGCAGAACAGCCCGAGCAGCCAAAGAAGGCCUAUGUUUGUUGCUGAUAGGGCCUGAUGACAUGUUGAACUUCAGAAAGAUUUUCAAAACUCUUGGGAAGGAUGAAGACCUACCUAUGUUUCCCAUAGAGACACAAUGCAUGCAAGCUAUCAAGGAGCGUGUAGAUUUGGCCAGGAGAAUAGAAAGUAUUGAGUAUCACAACUGCAAGGAGAAAAAGCACAACUCCUGGUUCAGACAAGCUGCAGAAGCUCUCGAGGUAGAUCUGGAUGAAGACCUUUUACUUGGUAAAUCAAAAGACGAGCAUGCUGAUGUCCAGCAGCAGAGAAUGGUAAAGGGCAUGAAAAAACAUCUGAAGCAGUUAAUCUCUCAGCCUGUGUUCAAGAAUGUGAUGAAGACCAAGUACCCGACUCAGAUGGGCAAACUGGCUCUGAAACAAACUGCUGUGCCAGGGACUCAAAGUGCACUGAGCAGAGUGUUAAUGCAAAAGAGCAAACAGAAAGUUAAGAAAGGUCUUUCACAAAGGAGAAACCAGAAACCAAAAAAAGAAAAGAAAAAAUAACAUUUUGUAUUCCAAUUUGUUAAUGAAUAAAUAUUUUAAUAC